AACUCAAAUUCUCUCUCUUCUUGGAAUACUGAAGAUGGAAAGGCUAUGUCACGACGACGACGACGACGACAACGACAUUGCAGAGGAAGAGGACGAAGACGAAGACGAAGCGUUGUCGCUCUCCGACCUCCCGCUCCCUUUGGCCGGCGAAGACGCCCGAGAUGGUGGCGAAUCGAGAACGGAGGAGGGUCGUCGGGAUGAUCGAGAUCGAGCCGGGCCAGGCGGGACGGAGGACCCAGAGUUCGAUUUCGGGUCGCGGGUUGGCGGGCCUCUCUCCUCCGGAUGGCGGAUGUGCGCGGCAGACGAGCUGUUCUUCCAAGGGCAGAUCCUGCCUCUCCGCCUCUCGGUGGGCUCGGACUCCUUGCGGGCCGACGCGAGGAGAUCCGUCUCGAGAUCGGAUUCCAUGGAGAUGGGGUCGAUCAGCACCCGGGUCUCGAGCAUGGGCAGUAGCAGAAGCAACAGCCACGGGAGCAGUCGCUACUCAUCCUCAUCGUCCUCGCGGUCAUCAUCAAUGACCAACUCCUCCAGAGCCAGCUUCAGCCGGGUCAACCCGUUUCACGCUCUCCCGAGCCCGAAGCCCCAAAUCGGGCCUUCCCCCGGGAAAUUCAGGACCCUCAGCCAAAAAUCGCCGCCCCCGCCGUCGUCCAUGUGGGAGUUCUUCAGGCUAGGCUUGAUCCGCACGCCCGACAUUGGACUGGCCGAGUUGAAGCUCCGCAAGAGCGCGGUCAACGGCAGCGCCGACAACCAAUGCUUGAUGAGCCGCAACAGCAGCAGCAGCAGCAGCGACAGCAGCAUCAACAAUGGAGGUCUCGGAAGCGGCGCCAACAUCAAGAUCAAGAACGCUGAGGAGAAGACGGACGACAAGAAGAAGAAGAAGACGAAGACGAAGCAGAAGAGCAAGAACAGAGAGAGAAUCUUGAACGGGUCGUUUCUCGGCGGGUGCAGGUGCUCGGUGGACGCGGUCUCGUCCAGCGUCUUCGCCGUGAAGAGCGGCGGCCAGGCGAGAGCGAGCAAUGUGGAAGACGACGGCGAGUUGGUCGGGGAGAUCGGGCUGAUGACGAAGAAGGUGACGGAGGCGAAGAGGAAGGCGUCGCGUCAUCGAACGUUCGAGUGGAUAAAGGAGCUUUCUUCGCAUGCUACAUAUCCUGUCGACUCUUGAUCUCGCAUGCGCCUUCUGCUUUAAUCGAUCUUGAUUACUUUUCCUUUCUUUUGUCGUAUUGUAUCUUUUAGUCUUAUUCCAAUGGCAUUUUAAAUGAAAAAAAAAAUGCUUAAAUC